UGAUAAUUAAUUUAUUUAUUUUGUGACAUUUUUCACAAAUGAUAAUUAGAAGAUGUUCAAUUUCUAAUUCUACAUCUCAAAGAUCACAAUCUUAAAAGUAUUUACAAAAUAUAUUCUUAUGUAGAAUGUCAGAAAAUGAAUAAUGCAAUAGUAAUUCUCACUUCUCGACAUGCUGUAGUAAUACUUCAUCUGAAAUUGAUGAGAUUGAUGACCCAUUAAAUUAUGCUUCUUUUAACGAUUUUGAUUCUAUCCUACCACUUAUGAUUAAUGGAGUUAAAAUAUAAAGAGUGACUUGGGAUCUCUUUUCUGCUCCUCCAAAUGUUUUUUCAUAAUGGAAAGCUCACUGUUUUUGGACUGUUGGAUAUACUUAUGAUAUUGCAAUGAAAAAAAUGAAACAUAGCAAUAAUAUUAGAUAUCGAUUAACUAUUAAUGCUUGGUGUUGUUUAAAUAGUAAAUCAUGGGUUAAGAAUAAAUGGGAUCGAUUAUUAGAACAUGAAACUGGUCAUUAUCUAAUUGGAUGUUUAUGUGCUCUAGAAUUCAAAGCCAGGUUUUAUUAUUAUUAUCUAUUUAUAGAGCUGACAAAUCCAAAUUUACUAAGAAUUAUCGAUUAGAAUCCAAUAAAAUCUUUUAAGAUACUUUCUAGGAGUAUCUCUCUUUAGAAAGAAGAUAUGAUGAAGAGACUAAUCAUAGUCAAAAUAUAAGCAAACAGAAGGAGUGGAAUGAAUUCAUCAUUAAGGAAUUACAAAAAUACUGAUUUUAUUAUUAUAAUUAAUAUAU